CAAGACUGGAACUACGUGAUGUUACAGUGCAUCUCUGUUCUUUCCCAGGUCACGUAGUGUUGGUGAGCGUUUCAUUCUUCUCCAUAUGAUUUUGUGUCAUAUCACAUAUCGGCGUCAUGCGGCGUGACUCAGUGAAGUUCUGCUAUUUCUCAUCUUUAGCAAUCUCAGUCCUCCAAUGCUGAAGACUGAAGUAACUCGAGAGAAUGAAGCUAAUCACACAGGCUGUUAUAACUCCUCUGAGGUCGCGCCUUCUCGUCCUCAGGAGUCGGACAGAAUCUUGCCGAGCGGCUGUGGGCUCCGUCCUGCUGUAUCUGUGGAGGACCUACUCCACACCCACGCCUGCUGGCAGAGACGUGCUGACUCAGCUGGUCCUCUGUCUGAGCCUCUCCGUCGCCACCGGCGCCCUGCUCCACCACUGGCUGCACAGCACGCUGAGCUACGGCCGCGGCGCCUCCGCACGCACCGCGUGCGCCUACGGCGCGGCCGCGUUCCUGCUCUGCUUCCUGUGCCACCCCCUGCGGUGCGUGCUCACCAUGACGCUGCCCACGGCCUGCACCGCGCAGGGCCGCAGGUUCCUCAUCUCCGUCUCCGGCAUGCUCGCGGCGCUGAAGGUCGUGCCCAACAUCGCGGCCAACGUCGGCGCGGUGGCGCACGUCCUCCGAUGCGCCGCCGAGGGCUUCGCCGGCACGCUGUUCAACUCGUCCGAGCUGGUGAACGCGGCGAAGCGGGACGUGGUGGACGAGGCCGUCCGGGCCGCCGAGGGCGCCGGCGUCGUGGCCGGCGUCGUCGCCAGCCUGAGGAAGCUGGAUCGGGUCACGCGCGUGGACGUGUCCGCGGUCACGAGCAGGUUCGCGGCGCUGAUCGGGCAGAUGGAGGCGAGCUUCUCCCACGUCAGGGCCCUGCUGCAGCACAGCAAGCUGCUGUCAGACCGCGUGCUGGCGGCCAUCUUCGUUGCCUUGCUCAUCUUCGAGUCCGCCCGCUACCUCAAAUCUUAUCUGACUUCGGUGGAGUUUGACAACAGCAAGACUUCCGCCGGUGACAAGAAGCGGGUGACGAAAGCACCCGGUCCAACCUGUAAACUAACGAGCUCCCUUUUCAUCCCGCUGCUGGUGGUGACCUUAUAUUUUAUGGCAAUAACCCUAAUAGUAGCGUUGGAUUAUGCUGUUUAUCAUGUGGUUGAGAUGAUUUUGCCAUGGUUGCUGGAUUUCCCACCGACAUCAGCCGGCAUAAGUGUGGAUUACCAGUUGGACAUCUUGGUCCCUGCUCUCUGUCUCACCCCCGGGCCCUGCACCCCCAAGGUGCUGGCCCACUUCCACAGGGACUACGACUGGGCCUUCGUCCCCGCGCCCGCGCUGUGCGAGGUGGCGGCCUCGGCCCCCAGCCCGGGCAUCGCCUUCCUGCUGGGGUGCCUGUGGUUUUUGUGCUACUUCCUGGUGUUCCUGGAGGUCUACGCCGCGCGGCUCCGCAGGAGGAUCUCGGCCUCGUUCUUCAGAGAGCAGGAGGAGAGGAGGACGGCGUACCUGGCGAGGGAGGAGCACCAUAAGUCAGCGGGUCACUUUGGCCCAGAAUUGAUUAUGUCUUGA